UCGGGAACUCAGGUCCAUGUUCUGAAAACGCUCUUAACCGACUCGAUAUCGACUCAACCUGCCUUUUUGAAAUCCUACAGAUCCUACAAGCUGGAUUCAAUGAUACCAACCACUGAACUCGCCAGACUGCGUUCCGCGAUGGUGUUCUUAGCAGGAACGACGAUGCUCGUCGAAGGAUUGAUGGAGUUGCAGCAUCAGUACCGUCUCAGGAAGCUUGAUCUCAUAGACGCUCAAAGGCAACGGGAGCAUAAGCGCAGAAUGAAACAGCUUGAGGUAAAGAUUCUCUUUAUGAAAGGCAGCUUGUGUGGGUUAACAUUUCUCGACGAUCUGCGCAUGUCCUGAUGCGCAAGCCUCAGGCAACAGCCCGGCGGGAUCGAACCUUUCAGAUUGGACUUCACUCUCCUUCCAGAAGAACGGUUUUUAUGCAUCCACCAUAUAGCAACGACACAGCAUGGGAGCUACAUUAGGAGACAGAGUCUAUCUUAACGUCGACUACGAAGACCAAUACGUGCAACCACUGCUCCUCGCCGCACUAAAAGCCCGCUUGCCAUCAGAACUGCUAGUCUUCGUCCACGAAAGCGAGCAGCCACCACCGCUCAACGGCAAGUUGCUGCAAUGGCGCCAAUAUGAGAACAUUGAUUUUGAGCAUCUUCUCGAGCAUCCCAAAACAAACCUGGCAAACAGCUACGUCAUUCGGAAAGCACUGAUCCGCAAGCACUACCUGUCGACGACAGUAUCGCAUUGGUUGAUCAAACGCCCGGAAAGCACUCUCAAGGAUCAUGUUAAGGGGUCUGUUGAGUUCGAGGUCGAUUAUGCAGAGUUCCUGGACGAUGCUCUGGUUGAGGCGUUUGAGCUCAAGGAAGCUUGGGCUAAGAAUGAAGGGUUGGAUGCGGCGGAGAAGGAGUGGUGGAUUUUGAAGCCUGGAAUGAGCGAGCGUGGGCAGGGUAUCCGGCUAUUUAGUAGCGAAGAGGAGCUAACGUCGAUUUUCGAGGGCUGGGAUCCUUCUUCAGAUGACGAGGAUGAUGCAGUUUCUGUAAGCGAUGAGAAGCCUUCAGCAAGUGGCGACGACGGCCACGAUGGCAAUGGCAUCAUGACCUCUCAGCUCCGCCACUUCAUCGUCCAGCCCUACAUCCACCCACCCCUCCUUCUCCCUCCGCCACACCCAUCCGCAGGCCGCAAGUUCCACAUACGGACGUAUGUGCUCGCGGUCGGAGCGCUGAAAGUUUACGUCUACAGGCCCAUGCUCGCCCUCUUCGCCGCAAAACCCUACACCGCGCCCGCGGAAGCCUCGACAGCCGACCCAAAUGAGGAGCUAGCAAGCCAUCUCACGAAUACCUGUCUCCAGAACGGUGCGCGCGAAGGCAGUGUGCACGCUUUCUGGUCUCUGCCCUCCUCCCUCCCAGGCCUCUCAGAUGAAUGGCGCGGUGAUGUAUUCGCCCAGAUCUGCGCCGUUACGGCCGAGACCUUUGAAGCCGCUGCUCGGAGCAUGAGUAUUCAUUUCCAAGUUCUGCCGAAUGCCUUUGAGAUCUUCGGGCUAGACUUUCUUGUCGAUGCCAAAGGGACGGCAUGGCUUUUGGAGGUGAAUGCAUUUCCUGACUUUGCGCAGACGGGGGAGGAGCUGCAGGGUUUGGUGAAGGGAAUGUUCGAGGAGGUGGUCGAGGCGGCGGUUAAGCCGUUCUUUGGGCUCGAAGACGAAGAAUUAGCGGGAGCGAAAGCGGCUUCGGAGAUGGCGAUGGUGCUUGACGUUGAUCUUGGGAGACGGUAGGCGCGAGGUGAUUUGCGUUACACGCAGAAUACAUGCGAACGCUCGCAGCAGUUCACCCAACAGCGUCAUGCCACUUCUUGCUCCAAGCUGUGAACUCGUCGUCCUCGCCCUGCCAGCUUUCACCCAUAGCAGACGCAGCAAGUUUUGCCUCUUGCACACACCGCGUCAACAUCUCGCUUGCUCUAGCUUCGCUAAGGUCGUAGAAGCAGCC